UGUCUAGCUAGAAGAUGCGGAUUACGUGCCGAUAAAUAUCAUGACGAACAAACAGAAAUUAGUUAUAAAGUACGGAACAUGAUUAGGUUUGCUAUCCAGUGACUUAUCUCCGAAGCUAGAGUGGGAUUUUCUGUUUUAUUCCUACGUUUUGGAUGAAUUUUGUCGGCUAGUUUUUUUCCCUCUCCUCCUGGCGCUGUGAUCUUCCUUUGGAUUUCCUGCUGUACGAUAACAACGGGUAUUCUUUCUACUGUAGCCGCCAAUUUAAAAAUCCCACCUGUAGUCAGCUUUCAUUCUUUAUUGCUGACAGAUGAACGGUAUUUGUCAUCUACAAGACGGAAUUUUUUUUUAAAUCGACAGGGGCUCCCCCCCCCCAAAGAAUGUGAUUUCUUGCCCCUUCCCAAGGAGGUGGCUAAAUCCCAUCAUCGGCAUUGGGAUAAACUGGGUCGCUCAGAGGCUUGUGGGUCGCAGCGUUUCCCCACGUCUCAAGAGAAGACUGGGGUCCAUCGGUGGUCUCUUGCGUUUGCUGCCCUGCCGCGAUGAGUGUCCGUUUAAUCGAAUCAACCACAUGAGCGGAGUCUGAAUAAACGUCGCACUCAAAGGAGGGGGGCAGACGGGAACUGCUAGAAAAGAAAUCUCCCGACAAGGAGUAGGGGUUUUUUUUUCUCUCCCCCAUCGUGUCUGGAAAAACUGCGCCCCGCUGCAUUGAGCAAAAUGGAAAACGAGGUUUUUGCCCCUUUGCUGGAGCAAUUUAUGCUCACGCCUCUUGUCUCAUGGGUGAAGACAGUUGGGCAUACGACAGCCAACGACGGUACCAGACUAUCGGAGUAUAUUGAAUUAGUAGAUGGGAUUUACCUGAACGAGAUUAUGCUGGAGAUAAACCCGAAGGCCACCGUUGAAAGGACCAACAAGAAAGUGAACAAUGACCCUACACUACGUAUCCAGAACCUAUCUAUUCUCAUCAGACAGAUAAAAGCCUAUUAUCAGGAGAGUCUUCAGCAGCUUGUUAUGAUGCCUCUUCCCAACGUGCUGGUGCUGGGCCGCAGCCCUCUCUGUGAACAAAGUUUGGAUGAGAUGAAGAAACUCUUGCUGCUGCUGCUAGGCUGUGCUGUGCAGUGUGAGAGGAAAGAAGAGUACAUUGAGCGUAUCCAGACACUGGACUUUGACACCAAAGCUGCCAUAGCAUCUCAUAUUCAAGAGGUGACACAUAACCAGGAAAACGUGGUAGACCUGCAGUGGUUGGAGGGUGGGGAGAUGCCGCCUGAAGACCUAGACAACCUCUCCAGGAACCUUGCCUUCCACCUCAAACGCCUGGUGGAUGAGAGGGACACACAGCUGGAGACGAUAGUGGAGUUAACCCAGGAGAGGGAUUGCAUUCAACUGUCUCCACUAGCUCCCUGUCCGGUCCAGUCUCCUGGUGACUCACCCAGUAUGAGGCGGACAGAAAGCAGACAGCACCUCUCUGUGGAGCUGGCUGAUGCUAAGGCCAAAAUCAGACGCCUGCGACAGGAGCUAGAGGAGAAGAGUGAGCAGCUACUGGACACCAGACAGGAGCUUGAGAACAUGGAGGUGGAACUGAAGAAGCUUCAGCAAGAGAGCUACCAGCUGCUCUCCGAUGCACGGUCAGCCAGGGCCUAUCGAGACGAGCUGGAUGCGCUGAGAGAGAAAGCCAUUCGCGUGGACAAACUAGAGAGCGAGCUGAGCCGCUACAAGGAGAGACUUCACGACAUUGAGUUCUACAGGGCCAGGCUUGAGGAGCUGAAGGAGGACAACCAGGUUCUCUUGGAGACCAAGACCAUGCUGGAGGAACAGUUGGAAGGGAGCAGAGCUCGCUCUGACAAACUGCACCUCAUAGAGAAGGAGAGCCUUCAGCUCAAGUCGAAGAUCCAUGACUUGGAAAUGGAGCGUGACCUUGACCGUAAGCGUAUGGAGGAGCUGUUAGAGGAGAACUUGGUGCUGGAGAUGGCCCAGAAACAGAGCAUGGAUGAGUCUCUUCACCUGGGCUGGGAGCUGGAACAACUGUCCAAGACCCCUGAACUGACUGAAGUUCCCCAGAAGUCUCUGGGUGAGGAGGUUAAUGAGCUGACAUCUAGCCGCCUGCUGAAGCUAGAGAAAGACAACCAGACCCUGCUGAAGACUGUGGAGGAGCUCAGAGGAGCUGCCAGCCAGGAAACCUCGGGAAAGCUGGCCAAAGCCAGCCAGGAAAACCAAAGAUUGACAAAAAAGCUAGAGCAGAUGGAGAAUGAGUUGUCGGCAGAGAGAGAGACGCUACGUACUGCAGAGUCUCUAAGCACUGACUUGAUGAAGGAGAAGGCCUUACUGGAGAAGACCCUGGAGACACUGAGAGAGAACUCAGAGAGACAGCUGAAAGGUCUAGAGCAGGAGAACAAGCACCUGAGCCACAAUGUGGCAUCUCUGCGGCAGCGCUGCCAGGUGGGUGCUGAGGCCCGAGUCAAGGACGUGGAGAAGGAGAACCGUGUCCUCCACGAGUCCAUAUGUGAGACCAGUGCCAAGCUGAAUAAGAUGGAGUUUGAGAGGAAGCAAUUACGUAAGGAGCUAGAGGUGUCAAAGGAGAAAGGAGAGAGAGCGGACGAGUUGGAGAUUCAGGUGCGGAAGCUUGAAAGAGACAAUGAGAGCCUGCAGAAAAAAGUGGCCAGUCUAGGCAUCACCUGUGAAAAGGUGUCCUCCUUGGAGAAGGAGAACACUGAGCUGGAGACAGAGGGCCGUCUUCUAAAGAAAAAACUGGAUGCUCUGAAAAACAUGGCUUUCCAACUGGAAGCCCUGGAGAAGGAGAACUCUCAGCUGGAGCAGGAGAAUCUGGGGCUACGGCGCUCGACCGAGAACCUCCGGUCGGCGGGGACCAAGGCUAUUCAGCUGGAGGCCGAGAACAGGGAGCUGGAGAGUGAAAGGAGUCAUUUGAAACGUAGCCUGGAGCUCCUCAAGGCCUCCUCUAAGAAGACAGAGAGGUUAGAGGUAAGUUACCAGGGCCUGGACACAGAGAACCAGCGUCUGCAGAAGGCUUUAGAGAACAGCACCAAGAAGAUCCAGCAGCUGGAGGUAGAGCUCCAGGAAGUGGAGACUGAGAACCAAACCCUCCAACGUAGCCUGGAGGAGCUCAAGAUCUCCAGUAAACGCUUGGAGCAGCUGGAGCAGGAGAACAAGACUCUGGAGCAGGAGAGCUCUCAGUUGGAGAAAGACAAAAAACUGCUAGAGAAGGAGAACAAGCGGCUAAGGCAACAGGCUGAGAUCCGUGACUCUAAGCUGGAUGACAGCAACCAGCGGAUCUCCAUGCUGGAGAAAGAGAACCGCACCAUGGGCAAGGAGAUGAUCUUCUUCCGGGACUCGUGCACCAGGGUGAAAGACCUGGAGAAAGAGAACAAGGAGUUGGUCAAACAGGCCACUAUUGAUAAGAAGACCCUAGUCACUCUCCGAGAGGAGCUGGUAAGUGAAAAGCUGCGCACUCAGCAGAUAAAUAAUGAUCUAGAAAAACUGACCCAUGAACUGGAGAAGAUUGGAUUGAACAAAGAGAGGCUGCUGCAUGAUGAACAGAGCUCUGACGACAGGUUCAAACUGUUGGAGUCUAAGUUGGAGUCAACUCUGAAGUCCUCUCUGGAGAUCAAAGAGGAGAAGAUCGCUGCCUUGGAGGCGAGACUGCAGGAGUCUUCGAAUCUCAACCAGAAGCUCCGUCAGGAGCUCAAGACGGUGAAGAAGAACUAUGAGGCGCUGCGACAAAGAGAGGAGGAAGAGAGGAUGGUACAGAGCUCGCCACCUAGAGGAGUGGAGGAUCCACAGGCAGUCAGUAAAUGGGAGAAAGAGAGCCAUGAAGCCACCAGGGAACUGCUGAAGGUCAAAGACAGACUCAUUGAAGUGGAGAGGAAUAAUGCAACGCUGCAGGCUGAGAAGGCAGCCUUGAGGAGUCAGCUCAAACAACUGGAUACCCAAAGCAGCAACCUGCAGGCUCAGAUAGUGGCCCUGCAGAGGCAGACAGCCUCCUUACAGGAGAACAAUACCACACUACAGACUCAAAACGCCAAGAUCCAGGUGGAGAAUUCCACGCUGAGCUCGCAAAGCGCGGCCCUUAUGGCACAAAAUGCCCAACUGCAGAGCCAGCAAAGCUGUGUAGAAGGCGAGCGAGAGGGGGCCUUGAAAGAAAAAGAGGAGCUGAGGACCACCUAUGAGUUGCUUCUCCGCGACCAUGAUAAGCUGGCGGCACUCCAUGAGAGGCAAGCAGCUGAGUAUGAGGCUCUUAUUGGGAAGCACGGUGGCCUUAAGAGCACACAUAAGAGCCUAGAGCAACAGCACAGGGACCUGGAGGACAGGUACAAGCACUUGCUGCAGCGGAAGGGAGAGUUGGAGGAGCUGGAGCGGAGUCUGAAGGAGCAGCAAGAGAAGAUGCUGUUGGAGAACCAGUCUCACCAGGCCACAGCAGACCAGUGCAAACAGCUCAAAGAAGAGAAUGACAGACUUAACACGACAUAUCGUCAGUUGGUGAAGGAUAACGAGGUUCUUCAGGUGGACCACAAGAAUGCAAAAAGCCAACUAAACAGUGCCAAGCUGGAACAAACUCGGCUGGAGGCUGAGUUCUCCAAAUUAAAGGAGCAGUACCAGCAGUUGGACAUCACCUCCACCAAGCUCACCAACCAGUGCGAGUUGUUGAGCCAGCUGAAGGGGAACCUGGAGGAGGAGAACCGCCACCUAUUGGACCAGAUCCAGACAUUGAUGCUCCAGAACCGCACCCUGUUGGAGCAGACCAUGGAGAGCAAGGACCUGUUCCAUGUAGAGCAGAGACAAUACAUAGACAAGCUGAAUGAGCUAAGAAGACAGAAGGAGAAGCUAGAAGAGAAGAUCAUGGAUCAGUACAAGUUCUAUGAUCCCUCGCCUCCCCGCAGGCGUGGGAACUGGAUCACUCUAAAGAUGAGGAAGCUGAUCAAGCCAAAGAGCCGGGAGAGGAUGCGCUCUCUGACCUUAACCCCAUCUCGUUCGGAGUCCAGUGAUGGUUUCCUUGUCCUGCCUCAGGACAACCAGGACAGCUCCUCCAUAGGCUCUGGCUCCAACUCGCUAGACGACACACUCACUCACAAGAGGAGUAGCAGGAGGAGAGGGCAGCAGCCCCAUGCACAAGGGCAGGGUUCCACCAAUGCUCUGAAAAGGUUGCCCUUUAUGAGGAACCGAUCCAAGGACAAAGACAAGGCCAAGGCCAUCUACCGACGCUCCAUGUCCAUGAAUGACUUGCUCCAGAGCAUGGCUGUGGCAGGGAGUCCUGGGAGCCAAUGGGCUGGUAGCAGUGAGAACCUAGAGGGAGCUGAGACUGGCGAGGCCAGCAUGAUGAGUACCAGUGGGCGUGGAGGCCAGCGUAUGAAGGAGCUAGCAUUUUCUACCAACGCCAUUGACUGUGCCACCCUCACCCUACCCACUGCUAGCCACAGCAGGGCAAAGCAGCGGCUUCGGGUUAAAGAAAAUGCCUCUUGCGAAGAUGUGACAGGAUCUUCAGAUGACCCCAAAGGUCAAGAUUUGCAGGUGUGUAACAGUGCUUUGCCUCUGUAUUCUUCCCCUGUUGAGCUGAGCACUAUGUGCCGUGUGCCCUGUAGCAUCUGUACCUCAAGACCCUCCAGUCUCCAUAGCAACAGGACCACCAGUAGUAAUAGUAACAAUAACUCCCAUCUUACCUCUCCUCUAGAGGGCAAAGCCACCUUAAAUGGCAGCCUAAGUAGGCCCCACAGCGAGAGCAGUGGAGAAUUCAGCCUGAGCCUGGACCAGGAGGUGUGGUCCAGCAGUGGCAGCAGUCCCAUCCAGCAGGUCCCCUCCUCACGCUCCUCUCACCAGAGCCCCCUGCAGGGGCGCAGAUCCCUGGACCCUUCCACUGCGACAGGCAGCUCUGGCCAGGCCGCUGGACAGACCCAGAUAAGGAAGACCGGAUCUCCAGGCAGCGAGGUGCUCUCCCUCCAGCAGUUCCUUGAUGAGGGCAUCGACCCUGCUGAGUCUGGUAGCCAGGAGAACCUCACCGUAGACUCUCCCCGACUCUCCACUUCCUCUGAGCAUGCAAAGAAGGAACGCACUUCCUCAAAGGGGCGGGGCAUCUUGCGUUCAGCCAGUGGGAGAGCAGCUCCAGUCAGCUCAGACCAUCCUCCACGAUCAAGUGGCCAACCAGGGCGCCCAACUUUGCGGAAGGCAGAGAGUACUCGUGUGAAGGGCUCUGUCCAGGUACGGCCCACCCUCUCCUCACAGGGAAAAGCCACAUCUGUCUCCGAACGCCUGGAUUCUGCUUCCUCCACUCUUCCCAGGGCCAGCAGCGUCAUAUCCACUGCUGAGGGCACCACACGUCGCACCAGCAUCCAUGACCUGCUGUCUAAGGACAACCGGCAGCCUGUCUCUGUAGAUGCCUCUCCUCCCAUUGCCUCCACCAAGGCCGGGGUGCAUUCCCAGCCGACCCCCAGUGAGUACCUCCCCAACAGCACCACCUUGUACCCAUCAUCUAACCCCUUGAACAGACCCCCCACCACCUCCACCUCCCUACCCAAGUCAGUCAGCUUGCCCAGCCAUAGCUUGGAGGACCCAGACCUCUCUACCCUAGAAUCAUUCCUUGGCCCCUCCUUUACUGUAGAGUCAGUCUUCAUGGAUUCCAUCUUUAGUGAGUCAGCAGACAAAAAUCUCCCCUUCCUAUCUCUUAACCCCACCCUAGUAAGUAACAUCAGUGGGCCCCCUGUUGUGAAUAAAGCGCACCCUCGUGUUAACCCAAGCCACACCCCUGUCCAAUUUCAGGCCCCUCAUAGCCAGUCAAAUGGCCAGAUAAGGUCUAAUCAAACCAAUGAGAGAGAGUAUGACAAGGACGUUGAUCCUAAUCAUGUAAUUGAUUCUGACCAGUCACCUUCUCUUAGCCCAGAGGAUAACCAGUCGCUCUGGUAUGAGUAUGGGUGUGUCUGA